AUGUCAACAGCUGCGCAGUUGAGGGCAUUGAUCAUCAAGGACCUAGUGGUCACGAAACGAAGCAAGAAGAAGCUCCUCUGUGAACUGGCGUUUCCUCUGUUCUUCUUGCCAAUACUGAUCGCUUUGGUCUUGCUCAGCCAAGCGGAGACCCCAAAAACAGUGUCAAUCCCGACGCUGCCGAGCUUGGAGCCGCUUCCGGCAGUCUUGGUGGGGUAAGAAUGCGUUGAGAUCAACGUAUUUGCGUUGAGCCGAGGAUCUCCGGUAUAACACAUUUCAUCGUAUAAAAUGGGCCUUAUUGAUUUGUGGGCGCAGUUCGCGCACUGUCCUCUCUGGCCAGCUCUGGUCUUUGCGGAAAUGGUCGAUUAUGUAAAAACCUGGCACUGAGUGCACUCCAAAUUCAAUCUCCAAUUGGCCAAAGAUCCUUUGUCUCUUUUCAGCGGCCUAAACCAGGACCAACUACGUCUGUUCAAUGAUUCCGCCGAAUCAAUUGGAAUUCAUCUUGUGGCAGCUACAGACGACGAGUACCCAUACAGGACAAUUAAUUUUACUCGUUUUGAUGUCGACUCUCGCCGAUUCCAGUAUCGUGUUGGCGGGGAUUCCUUCGACCUGGGGGAUUGGAUUGAAAACGAGCCGUUCUUGGUUUCAGAAACUUCGUUAAAAAACACGGGAUAUCUCACUCAUGCUGGUUUACAACAAUACACAGUUGACGUGAUCCUCCUCAAACUCAUUGGAACCGAUUACCGUGAAGCCAGAAAGGUUGGUCUUUAUUUUUUCGAUUUUUUGCAAAUUUUAUAUUGCAAUUGAUGGAUAUUGAAUGUUUAGGUGAAUAUCAACUUAUUUCCUCAACAAGAGUAUGUAUCCGAUCUGGUUACGGGCUUCAUUCCGCUGAUGUUUGUCCUGGUCGUUUUUUCGACAUUGGUUCCGAUGGCGUUGAUUGUCAAGGAUGUUAUGCAUGAAAAGGAGACCGAGAUCAAGGUUUGUUCAAUUUUUUGAUUGUGUUUUAUGUUUAGACAUACCUGCUGGUUAUGGGAAUGAGCAGAAGGAGUUACUACGCCUCUCACUUUAUUUUUGGAUUCUUGAAGAUGGUUCUGAUAAUGAUAAUCCUCUCCAUGCCAGUCGUCUACCUUCUAAAGGUAGUAUAAUAUAAGUUUGGUCGAUUUUUCCCCAAUUUUUGGUCGAAAAUUGAUGAAUGUUGUUCUAGUCGACGGUCGGUGCCGCCUAUAUGGGAUUGGUUAUUAUUUAUUCCGCAUUUUCGGUAGCGUUUGCCUUAUUUUGCGCGACAAUCUUCAAACGCUCAUCUGUUGCGGUGGCGAUCAAUGUCAUUGGGAUUUUGGGCCUUUUAUGUCUGGCAAUCUUUCUCAGCAACAGGUUGAAUUUGGUCGCGGCCUGCCUGUCGGCUCUCAGCCCGGUCUCCGCCCUUUCUUUUGGCGUCAGAGAUUUGGAACUGCUGCAACGUUACGGUGGGUGUUAUAUAAUGAAAAGAUGAUAUAAAACUCAAUUUUUUGAAGAGUUGUAGCCAAUUUCAGACUCAUUAUAUGCCCUCGAACGAAUCUCGUAUGAAUUCAACAUAAUCCAUUCUUUGAUUUUUUUAAUUUUGGAUACGAUUAUUUUGAUUAUCUUCACCUUGAUGCUGGACGCCAACCUGGAUAAUGUUACGUUUGGAAAUUUUUGGCAAAUGAUGAGGAGAAAGAGCGGAGAAGAUGAGGCAACGGGAUCGUCGAAGAAAUCGAUCAAGUUGAAUACAAAAGAUUUUGAACCAAUCGAGGGAAGGACCAAUAAACCGGAUGUGAAAGUAAGAUGGUUUUGAGUGAAAAUUAUGGACGAAAACGGGUUUUUUCUUUUCAUUUCAUCAUUAUUAAGCUUGAAGGAGACGAUUUAUCCCCAUUCACAACGAUUUUACUAUAAUUUUUACAGGUUGUCGGCCUUCAAAAGAAAUGGGGGAUCUCCAACAACUUUGCGGUAAAAAACGCAACUUUCCAAGCGUUUCGCGGCGAAAUUACGGCACUUCUUGGACACAAUGGAGCCGGAAAAUCGACUACCUUCUCUUGUCUCACCGGAUUUACCACUCCCACUGCGGGAUCUAUAACUGUGAGCUGAUUUCUAUAUUGCACUUGACCUCAAAUGUAAAAGAAUGAAAAUUUUGAUUUAGGUGUGCGAUUCGGAAAUUCCCGGUGAACUGGCUGAAGCAAGAAAGCAUAUUGGGUAUUGCCCUCAAACAAAUCCACUGUUUGACCGCCUCACCUGCAUGGAACAUCUGAAAUUGUCCGCCCGACUCCGAGGAGUUUAUAACGGAUCUGAGGAAUGUCGAGAAAUCUUGAGCAAGGUUGGAUUGGAAGAAUCGGAAGAUGUUUUGGCCGCGAAUCUGAGUGGGGGAAUGAAGCGGAAGCUGUGCGUGGCAAUGGCGCUAGUUGGCGAGAGCAGGGUUGUUCUUCUUGACGAACCGACCGCUGGAAUGGAUCCGACUGCCAGAAGACAAAUUGGGGAUAUUUUGGAGAAAUUCAAACAGGAUCGGUGAGGAAUUGACUUUUUUGUGUUGUUCUGAUUUUUAGGCAGUCGAUUACAAGAUUUUUUUGAAUUUUUCCGCCAAAUUUGUGUUUCAAAGAGUAAAAUCAAGUGGAAAUAGUUGACGAAUAGCAUAAUUGGUCGCUUACAGGACAAUAAUUUUGACCACGCACUACAUGGACGAAGCCGAUUCGCUCUCGGACCGCAUUUUAAUCAUGGUCAAAGGCAAAGUCAUCUGCUCGGGAUCACCGGAAUUUCUGAAAGCCCGGUUUGGAACUGGCUUCAUUCUUACCAUCACCCUCAAGCAGAAUGUCGACAUCAAGCAGAGCGCACAGAGGGCACUAGAAUUGGUCAAAAAGUUUGCUCCACAAGCCAAAUUCGAUGGAAAUUUAAUGUCCCAAUUUCGAAUCAAUAUUCCGCAAGGAAGCAGUACAAAUUUCGCAAAAAUGUUUGAGGAAAUUGAGCAGGAACAGAAUGAACUCGCGAUUGAUGCAUUCGGGUUGUCCUUGAACACCCUGGAGCAGGUUUUUAUAAGCGUCGGAGAAAUGGCGGAGAAGAAAAGCAGCGAUGAAGUGGCGGCCAAAAUUACGGCCAAUGCUGAAAAAAUUGUGGAAGAGGAUGGUAAGAUUUAGACAUUAGGUAUGAUUCAUUAAAAAAAUUUUGAUUUAAUGGCUGAAAAUUGAAAUUUAGAGGAGGACCGCAACCCGAGUUUCUGCCGUCAAUUGGCUGCCCUGAUCUGGCGCAACUUGCUUUACUUUUGUCGGAGCCCAAUCCGAUUACUUUCUCCAUUUGUUUUGCUCUUCCUUGGAUUCGGUUUGGUUUGGGGAUGGCGCUCCAGAGGUAAGUUUCAUACAAUUUAAAUUGUCUGAGAUUAAUUUAUAGACAUAGCGAGAUAUUAUGAGUAAAUUUGGCGAGUUUAAAAGACGAUUUUUGGCUCGCUGCGUCAGCCCGUAAUGGACCCGGGACAUAGGAAAAAAUCGAUUUUGAGUUUUUUACAUAAAAAUGACCAUCGACAUGUGCUAAGGAAAAGCGAACAACAGUUUUUCUCAAUUCUGCCCGGAAGGCAUAAAUUUGCUUAAAUUUGUCUUUUUUGGAAUUUUCGGCCUGGUGACGUCAUAGAAAAAGCAAAUCACCCAAAAUUUUGCUUGUGUACGUUUUCGACCUUUGGGAAUUCAUUUUUUUGAAAAUUGAGUCUCUCAGAUUACUGUAACAUAGGCAUAUUGUAAUCCGGUCGAUAAAAAUCGACCGUAACUCCUUCGUAUCAAAAAUCCCACAGGAUUUUAUUGCAGAUUCGGAAUCAGCAUAAAAUUCUGCAUAUUAUACACAUAAUGUGAGGUCAUAACUCCAGGGGGGAGAUCGCGUAGUAUAUUGGAUUUUGGCAAAAAUUACGUUUGAAAGGUCGCGGGUUCGAUCCCCGCUUGGUGCAAAUAUUGAAAACACGGCGUAAAUCGCGUUUAAUGGACACCUAAGGGUUAUAUGAGAUACACUAAGCAAUUUUAAACAUUAAUGCUUAUCUAAUUGUGAUUAAAACUGAUUUUAUAUAAUUUUUGGAGACUGAAUAUGCAAAAAAUGAAAUUGCUUCAAACCGCUUGAAAUUGGCAACACUUAUUCUAGGGUCAAUUAUAAGAAACUUUUGUGUUAACUUUUUUUGGCAGAGCACCGUACCAUGGAUUACUGUAGCAUUAACCGUGUCCUGAUUAACUGCAAUUUUCUUCAAAAUUCUUGCAUAAAAUAUUAAAUCGUUUUAAUUAGUCGUUUUAGACAGCGAAAAGAUCCACUUUCUAUAUAUGAAAGAAAAUUCGACCUUAAUUGCAACGCGUCUUGAUGUCAUAAUCAAUUGGUGAAAGUGCGUCAAAUAACUCGGCCAUUCCAAACGGUACAGCCAUAAAAAUUUUUUUGUACACGAGAAAACCCUUUCUUAACCAUUCUGAGAACAAUGAUGACAAUCCGACUUUUAUGCGCCAUGUAGUACACGAAAAACCAAAUCAGGUUUAAUGUUACAGUAAUCCAUGAUACGGUGAUCCACCAAAAAAAGUUAACAGAAAAGUUUCUUACAAUUGACCCUAGAAUAAGUGUUGCCAAUUUCAAGCGGUUUGAAGCAGUUUCAUUUUUUGCAUAUUCAGUCUCCAAAAAUUAUAUAAAAUCAGUUUUAAUCGCAAUUAGAUAAGCAUUAAUGUUUAAAAUUGCUUCGUGUAUCUCAUAUAACCCUUAGGUGUCUAUUAAACGCGAUUUCCGCCGUGUUUUCAAUAUUUGCACCAAGCGGGGAUCGAACCCGCGACCUUUCAAACGUACUUUUUGCCAAAAUCCAAUAUACUACGCGAUCUCCCCCCUGGAGUUAUGACCUCACAUUAUGUGUAUAAUAUGCAGAAUUUUAUGCUGAUUCCGAAUCUGAAAUAAAAUCCUGUGGGAUUUUUGAUAUGAAGGAGUUACGGUCGAUUUUUAUCGACCGGAUUACAAUAUGCCUAUGUUACAGUAAUCUGAUAGACUUAAUUUUCAAAAAAAUGAAUUCCCAAUGGUCGAAAACGUAUACAAGCAAAAUUUUGGGUGAUUUGCUCUUUCUAUGACGUCGCCAGGUCGAAAAUUCCAAAAAAGACAAAUUUAAGCAAAUUUAUGCCUUCCGGGCAGAAUUAAGAAAAACUGUUGUUCGCUUUUCCUUAGCACAUGUCGACGGUCAUUUUUAUGCAAAAAACUCAAAAUCGAUUUUUUCCUAUGUCCACCGCUGACGCAGCGAGCCAAAAAUCGUCUUUUAAGCGUCUAAAUAAUUGUCGAAUUUUGCUUUUAGAUCCGAAACAUUUGCAUUCGUUUGGCCCGCUUCCCUACUCUCAAAUUCUCACCGACUCUGAAGACGAACUAAAGGAAAUGGUGGAGAAAUCACUUCCGAAAACCAUCCUAACAGAGAUGCCGUAUGAUUGGGAAAUUUUCAAACAAAAACAAUUUGAAAUUCCGCCGAUUUCCAUUGGAUACUUUAAUCAUUUCAAGCCAAACGAAACGCAUUUACUCUACAGCGCGACGCUGGUCAACGGUCAAAACCGAAUUCUCAACAUUUGGAGCAACUUGGCGUUUGGAAAUGGGGAAUUGAGUAGGUUUGGAAGGGAAUUUUGGAAUUUAAUUUUUUAUAUUACACAUGAUGGAUAAAUACAAAAAUAUUUUUUUUUUUUUUUUUUUUUUUUGAAUUUUUUUUUGAAUUUUUCUUAUUAAAUCACAUCUUUUAGCCAAUAUCGAGACCAUAAUUGAUGCCGGAACCACCUCCUUGUUUGGUUCGCUGAUUGAAAUGAUCCCUUUUAUGAUUACCAUAUAUGUUUUGGGCACGACAAUGUCGUUGUUGCUGAACACGGUGAUCACCGAAAGAGUGACAAAAUUUAAACAUCAGGUGGGUUGCUGCAGAAUAAAUGGUGUGGUAAUUGUUUUUGGGGCCUGUAAAACAAAAAAAAAAUUUAAUUUUCGAGCAAUUUUGUCAUGGGUAAUAUAAAAAAUUUUUUGUUAUUGUCAUUUAAAGGGGGAUUGAUCUUAGAAUGAGGUCAACAGUUAGAGAAUAUAUGAUUUUUGAGUGAGAUUUCGUUAAAAUCUUGGAACUUUUUGAACAAAUUUGUCAUGGAUAAUAUAAUUUCUAUGCAAUUUUAGCUCCGUUUGGCCUCCGUAAAGUGGCACACGUACUGGCUUGCCCAAUUCAUCCCAGAAUUGGCGUACUUCUUUGUCCUGGCCAUCGCUGUUUUUGCUUGUUUUGUCGUAACCGAGAAACAGGAUUUCGCAUGUAGCGCUUCGAUUUUCCCAUUAUAUAUGCUGUAUUUUACGGCCUCAUCAAUGGCAAAUUACGUGUUCAGCUUUGCGUUUGAUUCUCCGACAAAGGCGUCGGCUACAAUGAACGCUUUCCACAUCUUCAUCCCGCUCGUGAUCGGUAUUGCGGAUGUGAUUGUGGUCAACAUAAUCUUCCCAAUUACGAAAAUUUCGACCUCUCCAGUGGAAUACCAGGCUGUCAUGGUAUGUUGAAUUGGGAAAGUGUGAGGGAAUGGUUUAGAAAAAAUGACAAAUUUUGUAUAAAUUUACAGUGGCUGACCUGAUCCGGUGGCAAAAACGUAUCAUUUUGUAUCCGGGAAGUAUCACAAAUGUGGCAAGAUGCCUCCCUCUCCAAGUGAAAAAACUCCGUUUUGAAGCGAUUUUUUCACUUGGAGGGGGAGGUUUUGCUGCAUUUUUUGAUACUUCCCGGACGCAAAAUGGUACGGUUUUUUUUUGAACAGGAUCUCUCACCAAUGGCAUGUUCGACGGUUUAGAAAUGUAGGUUCUGAAAAGUAGGAGGUUCUCGAAUUGCGACGUCCGAUUUGCUUCAAAUUUUCCGAAUACAGUGACGGACCUGUUGCAAUGGCAAAAAACGUAUCAGUUUGUAUCCGGGAAGUAUCAAAAAAUGUGGCAAAAUACCUCCCUCUCCAAGUGAAAAAAACUCUGUCUCGAAGCGCGAGCCCUUUCCCUCACAAAACGGGCUUUUGAAAUCGGCGUUUUUUCACUUGAAGAGGGAGGUAUUUUGCUACAUUUUUUGAUGCUUCCCGGAUGCAAAAUGAUACUUUUUUUUGCCGCUGGAUAAAAUGGUCUGUCACUGUAAUUUGUAUAUAAUACGUAGUCUAAAAAUCAAUUUUUUGUAGCAUGUUCUUUCCGCUGUGUUUCCAUCCGUCGCCCUCCUGAAUAUGCAAAGUGAAUAUAGCCGAGUAUGCGAUGCUGCGAAGUACAAUUCGGCGCCUAAAGACACCAACGACAACCUGGAUAGAACACUUAAGCCAGUGUAUUACAUGACCGCAGGGACAAUGUUUUACCUGACUUUACUGAUCAUCAUCGAGUUGAAGGUGUUCAGAGCCAUUGCAAAGAAAAUUCAUGUCAUGAGAUUCGGAAAAGUGAGUUGGUUUAGCAUUUUGAAGUUUUGAAUUUUUAGUUUGUUAGUCCAAUAAGUCAUGAAGAAUCGGAUGUCGCCAAGGAAAGAGAACGUGUCUCCAACAAAGAUCAUGAGGAACUAGCGUUGUUGGUUCAGAGUUUGUUCAAGUUUUAUUCAAAAACGAAAUGCGCGGUCAAGGAUCUGACUUUUGGAAUGGCCCCCAACGAAUGUUUUGGACUCUUGGGUAGGUUUUUUAGGUCUUGUUGUAAGGUAAAAGAGGUAUAUUUGCCUCUUAAAAGGGUGAAAAGUGAAAUUUUUUGUAUUGAUUUGGGUUAAUUUCCUAAUUUACCUCAUUUUAGGUGUGAACGGAGCGGGCAAGACCACAACCUUUGAUAUGCUGACGAAUCAGACCUACCCAACAAGUGGAGAAGCUUACAUCUUAGGAAUUGAUGUGAGCCGCACCCCAGCCAUCGGAUAUUGCCCACAAUUUGACACCCUUUCCGGAAUUUUAACUGGCCGUCAAACCCUGCAAUUGUUGGGGAAAUUGAAUGGAUUUUCGAAUGUAAAUGAGCGAGUGGACUUGAUAUUGGAAUGUGUGUUGCUGGAAGACAAACAGAAUGAAUUGGUGGAUACGUACAGGCAAGUUGGAGGUGAAGAUUUUUUUGGGAGGAGAGAUUUUGAUCUAAAUUUGAGAUUUUUUGGAUUAACGGGAAAUUUUUGACUUGAUCCUAUUUUUCUCUAGUUUUCUGUAAGUUUCAGAAUAUAAAGACUGAUGUGAAUUCAGACCAUAUUUCCAUUCGUGAGAGAAAUUUUAUAUUGUUUUAGUGGAGGUCAGAAGCGCCGCCUCUCCAUCGCCGCCUGCCUCAUGUCCGGUUCCAAAUUCCUGAUCCUAGACGAGCCCACCGCCGGUGUAGACCCGGCCACCCGCCGCCACAUCUGGGACCUUCUGAUUGCAAUGAGAAAUCAGAAUAAGGCCAUUUUGUUGACCACCCACUCCAUGGAAGAGUGUGAAGCACUGUGCACACGGAUCGGAUUUUUGAGAGCGGGAAAGUUGCGUGGAGUCGGAACAAGUCAGCAUCUCAAAUCUCGAUACGGCAACUCGUAUAUUUUGACGUUGGUUGUGAAGAAUCCCGGAAAAGAAAACACCAGGUUGAUUGAUGAAGAAGUCAGAGAGAAAUUUGAUGUUCCCGCCACCGAUUCGUCCCCAGAACAAGCGGCUCUCUCCUGGACAAUCCCCAAGAAGGAAGGGGCGAAAUGGAGUAGGAUGUACGCAGAAGUGGAAAGAUUUGUGGAGGAAGUGAAUAAAAAACAUCAGACGGAAGUGGUCACCGACUUUUAUUUGAUCCAAGACUCGUUGGAACAGGUGUUUACAAGGCUGGCAAAUCAAGGAGACAAUUCGGUGGAAAACGAAAACGAUGCUGUAAGAUGACCGGAGAGCAGUUUUUAAGAGGAAAAAUUGUUUUAGAGCAUCAAGGAAGGACCUUCGAGCAAAUCUGCCUCAAGCUCCGCCUCUAGUGCUCCGAGAAAAACGUCCAAAAACAGCUCUGCUGUCGCAUAA